AUGGCCGCGGCGGCGGGCGGCGGCGGGCUGGGGGCGACGGCGGGCGCUGUGGGUCUGGGAGGCGCGGCGGCGGCCGCGGGCCUGGCAGUUUAUCGGCGGAAGGACGGGGGCCCGACCAGCAAGUUUUGGGAGAGCCCGGAGACGGUGUCCCAGCUGGAUUCGGUGCGGGUCUGGCUGGGCAAGCACUACAAGAAGUAUGUUCAUGCAGAUGCUCCUACCAAUAAAACACUGGCUGGGCUGGUGGUACAGCUGCUCCAGUUCCAGGAAGAUGCCUUUGGGAAACAUGUCACCAACCCGGCCUUCACCAAACUCCCUGCAAAAUGUUUCAUGGAUUUCAAAGCUGGAGGCACCUUGUGUCACAUUCUUGGGGCUGCUUACAAAUAUAAAAAUGAACAGGGAUGGCGGAGGUUUGAUCUACAGAAUCCAUCCCGAAUGGAUCGUAAUGUUGAAAUGUUUAUGAACAUUGAAAAAACAUUGGUGCAGAGCAAUUGUCUGACCAGACCCAACAUCUACCUCAUUCCAGACAUUGAUCUGAAGUUGGCUAACAAAUUGAAAGAUAUAAUCAAACGACAUCAGGGGACAUUUACUGAUGAGAAGUCAAAAGCUUCCCACCACAUUUAUCCGUAUCCUUCCUCACAAGAGGAUGAAGAGUGGUUGAGACCUGUGAUGAGAAAAGACAAGCAGGUGUUAGUGCAUUGGGGGUUUUACCCAGACAGCUAUGAUACUUGGGUCCAUAGUAAUGAUGUUGAUGUGGAAAUUGAAGAUCCACCAAUUCCAGAAAAGCCAUGGAAGGUUCAUGCAAAAUGGAUUUUGGACACUGAUGUUUUCAAUGAAUGGAUGAAUGAGGAGGAUUAUGAGGUGGAUGAGAACAGGAAGCCCGUGAGUUUUCGUCAGCGAAUUUCAACAAAGAAUGAAGAGCCAGUCAGAAGUCCAGAGAGAAGAGAUAGAAAAGCAUCAGCUAAUGCUCGAAAGAGGAAACAUUCACCUUCCCCUCCACCUCCCACACCCACAGAAUCCCGGAAGAAGAGCGGGAAGAAAGGCCAAGCUAGUCUUUAUGGGAAGCGGAGAAGUCAGAAAGAGGAAGAUGAGCAAGAAGAUCUUACCAAGGACAUGGAAGACCCAACACCUGUACCCAACAUAGAGGAGGUGGUUCUUCCAAAAAAUGUAAACCCAAAGAAAGAUAGUGAAAAUACACCUGUUAAAGGAGGAACUGUAGCAGAUCUAGAUGAGCAGGAUGAAGAAACAGUCACAACAGGAGGAAAGGAAGAUGAAGAUCCUGGCAAAGGUGAUCAGAGUCGGUCAGUUGACCCUGGUGAAGAUAAUGUGACAGAGCAGACCAAUCACAUUAUUAUUCCUAGCUAUGCAUCGUGGUUUGAUUAUAACUGUAUUCAUGUGAUUGAACGGCGUGCUCUUCCUGAGUUUUUCAAUGGAAAAAACAAAUCCAAGACUCCAGAGAUAUACUUGGCAUAUCGAAAUUUUAUGAUCGACACAUACCGCCUGAAUCCCCAGGAAUAUUUAACCAGCACUGCUUGUCGGAGGAACUUGACUGGAGAUGUAUGUGCUGUGAUGAGGGUUCAUGCCUUUUUAGAGCAGUGGGGGCUUGUUAAUUACCAAGUGGAUCCAGAAAGUCGACCCAUGGCAAUGGGACCUCCUCCGACUCCUCAUUUCAAUGUAUUAGCUGAUACCCCCUCUGGGCUUGUACCUCUACAUCUUCGAUCACCUCAGGUUCCUGCUGCUCAGCAGAUGUUAAAUUUUCCUGAGAAGAACAAGGAAAAACCAAUUGAUUUGCAGAACUUUGGUCUUCGUACUGACGUUUACUCCAAGAAAACCUUAGCAAAGAGUAAAGGUGCUAGUGCUGGAAGAGAAUGGACUGAACAGGAGACACUUCUGCUGCUGGAGGCUCUGGAGAUGUAUAAGGAUGAUUGGAACAAAGUGUCAGAACAUGUUGGAAGUCGCACGCAGGAUGAAUGCAUCCUCCACUUUUUGAGGCUUCCCAUUGAGGACCCAUACCUUGAGAAUUCUGAUGCUUCCCUGGGGCCCCUGGCCUACCAGCCUGUCCCCUUCAGUCAGUCAGGAAACCCAGUCAUGAGCACUGUUGCUUUUUUGGCAUCUGUGGUGGAUCCUCGUGUGGCAUCUGCUGCAGCCAGAGCAGCUUUGGAAGAGUUUUCUCGAGUCCGGGAGGAGGUACCACUGGAAUUGGUGGAAGCUCACGUCAAAAAAGUACAAGAAGCAGCACGAGCCUCUGGGAAAGUGGAUCCCACCUAUGGUUUGGAGAGCAGCUGCAUUGCAGGCACAGGGCCAGAUGAGCCAGAGAAGCUUGAAGGAGCUGAAGAGGAAAAAAUGGAAACAGAUACUGAUGGUCAGCAGCCUGAAAAGGCUGAAAACAAAGGGGAGAAUGAAAUGGAUGAAGGUGAUAAAGCUCAAGAUGGAGAAAAUGAAAAAAAUAGUGAGAAAGAACAGGAUAGUGAAGUUAGUGAAGAUACCAAAUCAGAAGAAAAGGAGACUGAAGAGAACAAGGAACUCACUGAUACUUGUAAAGAAAGAGAAAGUGAUAUUGGGAAGAAGAAAGUAGAACAUGAAAUUUCUGAAGGAAAUGUAGCCACAGCCGCAGCAGCUGCUCUUGCCUCAGCUGCAACCAAAGCCAAGCACUUGGCUGCCGUGGAAGAGAGAAAGAUCAAGUCUUUGGUAGCUCUCCUGGUUGAGACACAAAUGAAGAAACUGGAGAUCAAACUUAGACAUUUUGAGGAACUGGAAACCAUCAUGGACAGAGAGAAAGAAGCUUUAGAACAACAGAGGCAGCAGUUGCUUACUGAACGCCAGAACUUCCACAUGGAACAGCUGAAAUACGCUGAGUUGCGAGCCCGACAGCAAAUGGAACAGCAGCAGCAUGGGCAGAACCCUCAACAGGCACACCAGCACUCAGGAGGGCCUGGCCUGGCACCACUGGGAGCAGCAGGGCACCCUGGCAUGAUGCCUCAUCAGCAGCCCCCUCCCUACCCUCUGAUGCACCACCAGAUGCCGCCACCUCAUCCACCCCAGCCAGGUCAGAUACCAGGUCCAGGUUCCAUGAUGCCUGGGCAGCCCAUGCCAGGCCGCAUGAUGUCCACCGUUGCAGCCAACAUCCACCCCCCUGGGAGUGGCCCUACCCCUCCUGGUAUGCCUCCAGUCCCAGGAAACAUCUUAGGACCCCGGGUACCCCUCUCGGCACCUAACGGCAUGUAUCCCCCUCCGCCGCAGCAGCAGCCACCUCCUCCACCACCUGCAGAUGGAGUCCCUCCGCCUCCCGCUCCAGGCCCACCAGCCUCGGCUGCACCCUAGCCUGGAAGAUGCAGGGGACGUCCACGCCCAGCGCCACCAGCUGGAGUGGGGAUGACAGGACUUGUGUUCCUCAGCUUCCUUGGGUUUCUUUCAGGAUUUUUCUUCUUGCAGCCCCAAGCACACAUCCCAUAUUUCCCCAUUUCUCUUGCCACCCCUGUCCGUGCUCUGACACGUCUUGUGUUAGGUCCUCCUCCAACUCUCAGGGGGAAGCCUGUGGUGACAGUGUGCCCUGGUCAUCCUAAAAAUACCCAGCGUCUGCCUGUCCUGGUAUGGGGUAUGCUGACAGUUUAUCUGCAGGUCCUGUCAACAUUAGUGUUUCUAUGUCUGUCAUUUUUGCUCUCCUGCAGUUUUUUUGCUUUGUCUUAUGCUUCUAUGGAUAAUGCUUUAUAAUUAUUAUCUUUUUCUUUUUUGGCGGGGGGUGGGGGGAGGGUGAGGCGGGUUGUUAUUGCUUUAAAGGAGAGCAUCCUAAGUUAAUAGGAACCAAAAAAUAGUGAUGGGCAGAGGGGAUAGCCAGAAGGGAUAAACCUUAAGGCAUUUUAAGUGACCUUAUUUCUGCUUAUCUGAGCUAAGAAUGGUGCUGAUGGUGAAGGUUCAUGAGACUUUUGCCACACAUGGACGCACCAGAAUUAAAAAGAGAUGGGGAAAGGGAUCCCACUGAUUUCAUCCCUAGUGGGGACUGUGAGAGCCUCCAGCCUGCCUGGCAGAACAUCCCCCUUUAGUCCCUGGUAGGGGAGAGCACAAGCAUUAGAACAGAUCCACUUCUUCCCCAGGCCCACUGGUUCUGGUUUUCUAUGCAGAUGGUUUGUUAGAUUCCGGGGGCGGGGUGGGGGGCUUGUUUUUCUGAGGGCAGUGUGAGCUUUGAGGGCUGCAUUUGGGAGGCAUUCCUUAGUUCCCUAGACUAGCCAGGAAAGUUUUGGGCAUCUAGGGCAACGGCCACCCAAUGAAUCUAGCCCACUAUUCACUGCUUUGUAUGCAUUCUUUUUUUUCUCCCUCUUUAAAAAAAAAAAAACCUUAAAAAAAAGUAAGUAGAUAGUGCUGAUAAACAUUUUAGCUCAUGGAACUUGGUUAGGUUGGCUGGGGAUACAGGUCCCCAAACUACCUCUUGCAGUAGCCAGGGUGAAGGAUUUCGUGAAGCGGUACUUUAGGUUUGGGGUGGGAUUGGAGAAGUGGGGCAGGAUCAGCAGCCUCUCAUCCCUCUCCCUUCCCUGUCUAAGAUCUCACAUUCCAUCUAUCACAGGGUUGUCAGGGAGAUGCUGUGGGUACCAAGGAACUCACUUGGCAAUCAGAGCAUCAUGCUUUGAGGGUGAGGUGCUCGGGCUAGGAGAGUGGAAUACCAUUCCAGAGGAAGAGCCACAAAAAUGCCUUAAUAUGAGCCCGUUUCUACCCCUGCUGAUGAGUGACUUAAGAGUUCUUGGUUUUCUCUUCUUGUCCUUCUUCCCUCCCCUCUGUCUUUCCAUGGGUGGGGAAAGGGUGUUUUGAGUAGAGCUUGAUUUCCAAAGCACCUGGCCUCUUCACAGUCUCAAGUGGCAGUUUCAUUUAGAAUGCAAAGUGGAACAUC